AUGAUUGUUGCUUUCUUGUAUUGGUUGAAUCAUAGAUUCCGAGUAUUCUCCAACUUCAUAGUUGGAAACACAUUUGAACCAAAAUUUGAUAUUGUAUUAGUUACUGGUGGUGUUACUGGAUUAGGUAAAGAAAUUGUUCUGCAACUUGCUGCUAGAGGAGCUAAACUUGUUGUAUUAGAUAUUAAACUUCCUCCUGAAAAUGAAAAGAUACCAAAUGUAAAUUAUUAUCAAUGUGAUGUUGGUGAUAGACAACAGAUUUUAGAUUGUCAAAAGCUUAUUCAAAGAGAUGUAGGUAUCAUCACCGUUUUGAUUAAUAAUGCUGGUAUAACUACUGGAAGAACUGUUCUUGAUUUAACUUAUCAAGAAAUUGAACAAACUAUUCAAAUCAAUCUUUUAUCUAGCUUUUAUACAAUCAAAGCUUUUCUUCCUGAUAUGAUUAUACUAAAACGAGGAUAUAUCGUAACUAUCGCUUCUGUAUUAGGAUACAUGUCACCAGCAAGAUUAAGUGCUUAUGGGGCAUCAAAAUCAGGUUUAAUUGCUUUACAUGAAUCUUUAACUUAUGAACUUGGUCCUCCAUCCCUUAAUCCCCAUGGAAUUAAAACAUUGUUAAUCUGUCCUGGACAAUUAAAAACAACAAUGUUUAAGGGAGUUAGUACCCCUUCUACAAUGUUGGCACCAGAAUUAGAUCCUAGAUUUGUUGCUAAAUGUGUCGUAACUUCAAUUGAACAAGGGAGAAGAGGUGAGAUUAAGAUACCAUUAUAUGGGAAGUUUAUUCCUGUGUUUAGGGCAUUACCUUGGCCAAUUGUGGAAAUCGCAAGAAAGAUUUCAGGAAUUGAUCAAAGCAUGUUUAGUUUUAAAACAAAAUUAUCAAAUAUGACUAGUAGUGUUUCGUCACUUGCUUCACAUUCUUUAGGAGGAUCGAAAGCUAACUCAUUGUUAGGUAGUCCUUUGCUUGUUUUUAACCGACAAUCCGAUCAACAACAACUGGAAUCUGGGGUGAGACAACAAUAA